AUGGCGCGGCCCAGACCGAUCCACCUUCCGUUUCACACAGGACGUUUGGACCUGCCUCGAUGGGUGCCGCGCGGAUUUGUUCUCCCCCCUGGGGCGACGACUACUACGAUGUGGGAAUACUCCUUCAGUGGGCCGUCGUCUUCCUCCUGCGAGCCCUUCACAGCUGCGACUCCCACUGUGCAGUGCUGGCUUGUCCUGCAAUGGGAAGGCCCCCCUGGGCUCUCACCCGUGCGCGCCCUCGAAUUCUUCUGGUGCGGCAUGCUCCCGUUCCCACCAUUCUCGGGAUGGUGCGAGUAUCGCCCCGCCGGCUCGGAGGGCCUCUUCGUCGUCGCGACCUACUAG